UAUAUUGAAGCAAAUAUUAGGUUGAGCAAAAUUGCUUUCUAUAUAUUUUAUUGAAAAUAAAUUUGAAACGCAAUUUUAUUAUUAAUAUGAAUGCAAUCGUGUGUAUGGUGUUGCUCAGUGUUUCUAUAAACACAGUAAAAGGAAUUUAUCGCAUACCAAUAAAUCGACGCUUCCUUGCACACUCGGAUGAAAGUGAUAACACAGAAGAUCCGAGAACUGAAACUGACAAUGACAACCCUCAAAUAGAAAGGGAACUAAAUCCAAUAGAUAUAAACGAUACUAAAAAAGACGAUGUCGAUAUAAGAAUGGAAACCAAUGAGGAAUUAAAAUUUACUGAUUUUGUUAAAGAAGCUGCUAAAGUAUUAAAAAGUUAUAAAAACAACCUUCUUGAGCAAGCAUUUGCGAUAAUAGUUGAUGAAUGGAAAGGUGUUUAUAAAGGGUGCAAUUCUUACGAGUUACCUGAUAUCAGAAAAUACGCAUCUGCUAAAUUAGCACUACUUAAAGAUGCACCUGCUGAAACGCUUCGUCAGCAUUUAGAUUAUGUAAUAAAUGUAUUAACAAAUAAAGAAUUCGGAGAAAUACAGGACUUGGUUGAUUAUGUCAAUUCCUUGUAUGUUGGAGAAAGUGACAAAUUCGUUGAAGUUUUACUGGCCCUGGUUCAUAGAAGGAUGUCAGAUGACGUAGAUUUAGCUGACAUAUUAAUGGGUGCAUUACAGUACUUUUUGAUUGAUCAUUAUUGUAACCUCGACGAUAUCGUUAGACAUGAGUUAAUUAAAAUGAUUAAACAUUAUUGGAGACAAUAUAUGUCUCACGUAGGUAAGCGUAAAAAUGGCUCCAAUAUAUAUUCAUUAUCGUUCGUAACGCCGUUUAUCUAUGAAAAGGAUACUGAACAAUUUUAUAAAAAAAGGAGAUUCAAUAAAGUAAAUGCAGGAAGACCACUAGCAUUGCGUUUUAGCGAUAAAAGUGAGUCUCGUGGGAAUGUACAUUUAGGUGAAAAUGAGUAUAGCAUGAGAGCUAAUUCAAGAGAAAUACGUGAUGAAAGCUUGAAUUCAGCUGAGUCGAAAGGCGAUAAAGAGACGACGUUGGAUAAAAACAUCAAUGUGAGGACAAAUGGUAGCACGGAAGAACAUAUAGCAAAAAGUUUUGAAACUUCUACAACCGAUAAAAAAAUUAAAGGCAUAUUUCGAGGUGGCCAUAGUACUAAAACUGAUAAAAUACAAAGUCUUCCAUUAGAAUCUAAACCAACGUAUGCUAGGGGACAGUCCAAUAUCAGUAACACUUUAGAAAGAUUAAUAAAUAUUGGAAACCUCGCCAAGGAAAUUAACGAGAAGAUUACUCCAGAAGGCAAGGCUACGCGGAAUGGGCAGUUCUUAAUGAACUGGGACUCUUUAAUCGGUAUCGAUUUUUUAGGAAUGAUUGUUGAUGAGCCAACUACUACUGAAGUGAUAAAAAAAGAAGGGGGUAACAACAAAGGUGUAAUUAUAACAAUGAAAGCUAAUUACCAAGAAUGAAGUAUUAUUAAGUGAAUGUCUAUUUAAUACUAAUACAAAUCAUUUAUUGUCAGAAAGUGAGUAAUGGAAAUGAUAUUUAAUGUUACAUAAAGUGUGUCGUAUUUGGCGUACAAUAUAUUGUUUCUAAUGCAUGUCAUUGAUAUAAGUGUAAUGUUUAAUGUUUAUGAACUGAACUCUUAGGAAGUGCCGUGCUGCGAUUGGAGUUUACAGCCACAGGAAAUGGUGUGCCUCACCUCCGAUCUCCGGCGGCGCACAGACUUUCUUAAUAAACUGUCGCUUCAACAAUCACCUGCCAAAAUGCUGUGGCCAAUGAUGAUGAUGAUUUAUGAACUAAUUUUUGUUUGUACAUUAUCAUUUGUAUUGAUUAAGGAUAAGAUAGAAUAAAAAGUAUACUUAAUUAUAUUUUUUGGAGAUUUAUUUUUACAAUGGAUUGUAAUACAGACACUUUAUCGGCAUUGUAAACAUAUAUAAUUAAGACAAUGAUACGUUAAUAAGUGUGGUUUAGGUACUGAUAGACUUGAGACAUGCACUUGUAUUGAGCGAUUGAGCUUAAGCAUUCUCGCGAACAGAAGAACGUACUAGCGUUCGUCGAAAAAUUCAC